AUGGAAUUGUUUGGGCGCAGUGAGGUGUGCGACGAGCUCUCCUCUUUUCAAAGCUUCUUCAGGUUCGCGCGGGUCGAAAAAAAAACGGAGAGCUUUUGGGGGAAAGAAGGUAACCAAGCUCUUAUUCUGAAGAAUGCCGAAUUCCGGAUCGAAUUUAAUUAGUCAACGGAAGCUUCUGAUUUCUUGGAUUUUGAUUCUUUCAAGUUUGGGUUUUGAGUUUUAAAGUUUUGAACUCGAGUUUCUAGAAAUGAUUUUAGGUUUAGGAAAAUUAUUUUUCGGGAAUUAAGAGUUGGCUGGUUUAUAAAGUCAUAACCCUAACAUUUUUUAAUUGGUGAAGCUUUCAAUUUUUAAUUAUAAGACAUUUUCUCGGACCUGGGAUUGUUAUUGUCUCGAUCCAAGGCUUUUCCGACCAUUUUCUUCAAGGCUGGUUAUAAUUUGGUUAUGUUAGAUGACCUUGACUAGCCGAUCGUUUUCUCCACUUGUUUUUUUAUAUUAAUUCUCUAGAAUAUUGUGAUCGAACGGUAUGUUUUGAUCUUUUUGAAGCUCUAAAUCUUGUUUGUUUUGAAAAAAAAAAUUUUAAUUGGUAAAUAUACCAAAGUGUCUGGAUUUAAUCUCAUAUUUUGCAUUAUAACCGUAUUUUAUGAGAUUAAAAACUUUUGUCGUAAUUUUUAUUUUUUGCACGGUGCAAUAAUUAAAAUUUAAUAAAAUUUGAAUUUUUGAAUUAAAAAUGUUAUAAGAUGAACCAAUUUACAAGUUAAGGCAUGGCAGCUUAUUAAAAAGUGGUAUAAAUCGCAUGGUAGCACGAUAAAAGCCUUUUAAACACCGUAUUUACCGGAGUAAAUGUGACGCAUAGCUGGCUAGCUGUCUUUAUUUCCAUACCUUUCCGACGUCACUUUUUUGCACCAUAAAUGUCUUUUUGCGCCCUCAGGCAGUGUUAUACUUUUGAGAGGGCGGAAACGAGAAUAUUCACCUUUAAGCGUCUAAUCAUUAAGUUAUCAGUUGUGGGGGCUUCAAUUCCUCUAUGCUUCAGGCUGGUUUUAAUUGGAAUGAGGGGAGUUUUUGGAGUUAUUAAGGGUUAUAAGGGGGUUUUAGGAUGUAAAAGUAGCUUUUUUUAUUUAAAAAUGAUUUUUCUAUACAUGUUACGUAUUUUACUUAGUUUAUAUGCAAUUCGAAAUUCAAAUUGUCAAAAAUUUUGCUUUAAAUUUUAAUUUUUUCGUGAGUUUUUACCUUUUGUAAGGUGUAACAUUUCUGGUUAUCAUCGUAAUAUGUUUAUAUAUAUCGUAUUAAACAUAACCCUUCAGUGUGUCUGGCACAACCUCCUUAAUGGAAUGGAGGAUGGGCGCGUCAGUUUGGCCGAGAUCUUCGAAGUGCGCGCUUCUGGCUUCAAUUCGGCGGAGCUUCUGGCAGUGUUAAGUGGGGCUACAGAGUGUUUACUCAGUAAAAAAGUUGGAAUUAAGGGUCUGUUCAGCCCUGAAACACUUUUUAUCACUGAAAAUGGCAAAGUUCAAGUGAGUUUUUGACCUUUUUUUAUAUUUUAUGUUUAGGUAAGAUAUAAAAAUAGAAUUUUUAAUUGAAAUGAUACAAGACAACCGCGUAUUUUACUUGUAUUUUUAACUUAUUUAUUGUAGUUCUUUAAACGAAAACUAUUAUAAUCUACAAUUUAGUACAUUUGUUUUGAAAAAAGGAUGAAAAGCUUAUUUUAAUUUUAAAUGUUCAGAUUGAGAUAUGUGACACAAUCAACCCCGACUUCAUACCUCCAGAAACCAUGCAGAAUCCGAAGGAACCCUUAUUCGACCAUCAGUUGGUGUGGUGUUUAGGUAAAAUAGCUCAGAACAUCAGCCUACCCACCUCAAAUGAUGCCGGCCUCUUUUCCUUGAUCAAUCUGAUGACCGUAGAACAUGUGGCUACACGGCCCAAUCUUCAGAAGCUCAAUCAGAUGAUCAAGAACAAGUUAGCCAACCCGGAAGCCGUCAGCAAGACGUUGAAGUUGAUGUUCGAGGAGGUUAUGGGCAAUAUUGAAGAACUGGUAAGGCGAAUAUUAUGGUUGAGGGCUUCAAAAGCUAGUUAUGUUUUCAAAAUUUUAAAAGUUGAAGUUUUAGUUUUGAAAAGUGAUUUAAAAUUUGGGUAAGAGUUAUUAGAAUUUUUUUAAAAUUUUUUUUGAUAAUUUUUAUCCUUUUAUGUUCAGGCAGACGAAUCAGAUGAAGAAAACUAUAUCUCACCGCCGAUCAUACCCAUGUCUUACUCCAAGAAAGCCGAACUAACUCAACAUUCGUCACCGUCGUCGUCUGUAGCUUCGGAUUCAAGCAAUGAUCAUGGCAUACCUCAAAGUAAUAAUUUUAGCCAGAACAAUGGAUUUCAACCAGUUUUAUCGACCGAAAACAACUCUUUUACCACGAUUCAACAUAGCUACACACAAGAGUACACGGUACGACCAGAUAACUCUAAAGGACAUUAUGAUGAAGAUUAUGAUCAUAAAGGACAUAAAAAUGAAGGUUAUGGGGCAUAUCAGAAGGAUCAACAUGAAGAAUAUCGUCAAGAAAGUAAAACUACUAGGAUAAAUCAAGAAGAACAUCAAGUUCAACAUACAGAUCAUGGCGUAAGUCAUAAUCACUAUUACGAUUAUGGACAUCAAGAACAACAUAUUGACUUUGGAACCGAUGAUAAUGCUUAUGGUAAUCAUGUUAAUGAAGAUUUGGAUACAAGUGUAACGAAUGUCUUUAAAUAUGGAGGAAAGCCGGUUCAGAAUGGGGACAAGCUGGCAUUUGAUUAUGCUGAUGAUGUAGAUGAACAUGAUGAAUGGGUUAAUGUCAACAAAAAUGAUGUGUCUGGUCCAGCUGGUGUUGUUUCGGUAUGUUUUUGAUUUCAAAUAGUUUCUUAUAUAUGGAAACUUUUAAUUUUUUUGGUGAAAGGUUACAUACCGUGUCUACUUCUAGAUCCAGAAGCAACCAGUAACCGCUACAGCAAGUGAAACCUUGAGUAGGAUCAGUGAAGAGUCUACAUCGUUACGCAAUUCUGUAGUUGACCAGAAGGUUGCGACACCGGAAAUGGAGAGCAGGAACAUUCAGAAGCCUGAAACGACCGGUAGAUUCUUGAAAAAGUCGGAAAUUCAAAACAAAUACAUUAGUCACAAACCCUCAGGGUCAGUCGAAAGUAAGUUUUACAGUAGUUAUUUAUACUGUAAUAUUUUGAAUACUAGUUCAUAUGAAUUUCCAAAAGAUUUAAGCUAACUAACCUUAUAUCACUCUAUGUAUUACCUUAUAUCACUCUAUGUACUAACGUAUGUUAUUUAGUUGUGGCAGCCGAAGUUCACAAAGACUACAGUAGAGACUCUUCACCAUCAGCCUCACUGGAAUCAGAAGCCACAAGUGAAAACAGCUACAGAAGACAAAAUAUUGUAGGUUUUUUGAAUACAAUGUUAUUAAUGGUUAAUAUAAUUGAUUUAAAUUUAUGUCGUUGAUGGUGAAGAUCCUCGGAAAACAUUUAUAAUGAAUAUUUCAGGAAAACCAAAAACCUCAGCCAGAGAUUACCUCGUUGGAUCAAACCGACAAAAUUGUUAAACCUCUUGGAUCACCUGUGAUCAAUCAGAAUCUGGUCAGACACAACUCUUUGAAGCCUUCGAAGAUUCAUCGUCAGAGCACGAAUCGACAAGUUAAUGUAAGAAGUGGCUUGUAUUUAUUGUAGUUGGUAGUAAAAGCUAUCUUUCGUUUGAUUUUGGGUAUUAAAAGGCGUAAGGCAUAUUAUAUUUGUUUUAAAACAGAUAUUACAUCUGUUUAAAGUAUUGACUAUGAUGAAGUUUGCCAUUAUUUUCAGACGUUCGCGACUCCAGAAUUCCUCGAAAAGAAGUCGUACCCAAUCAUCAGACUCCGCGCUCAAAGUCAGAAGCGCCGAAGAGUGGCGCUACACCGUGUGGAAGAAACUUUCUUGUUUGUGAAACUUUUAAACGGCCAGAAGGUCGAGUUGAACUGUCGAAGCGACGCUCUGGUCGGAAACAUCUUCGACACCGUCGUCGCUCAUCUUAAUCUCAGCGAGAACAGCUUCUUUGGGUUGGCGAUUCUGGAAGGUAGGUUUCUCCACUUUGUUUAAAUUUGAAAUGUAAAUUUAUGCAAAUUUUUACAUAAAUUAUAUUGUUUUAGGUAAUAAAUUUAAAAGUGUGUUGUUUUAGAUAACUUUUGUAAUAAUUUAGAUAACGAGUACUUUUUCCUGGAGAAUGAACAACGGUUAGAGAAGUUUGCACCAUCAGGAUGGCGUUUGGCCUUAAAAACCGGUUCACGCUACAGUUUUAUGUUGUUCCUGAGAUUCAAAUUCUACCCGAAACGCAACGAUUUUGUAAAGUAAGUUUUUGUUUUUGUAAAAUGCUUCAGAUAAAAUAUUUUGCAAAAUCUAUAAAAAAUAAGUACCUAUCCUUAUUAUUGCAAUAUUUAUCACAUAGAGUUUUCUCUGAAUUUUAAGACCGAAACUGAUUUUUAGGACCGCUCAAGCUAGCCAUAACCUGUACAUUCAAUUACGUCAAAAUAUUCUGGACGGUACCCUUCAACUGAAUCGCAACCAACUUCUUGAAGCUGGUUCAUUCGCGCUUCAAGCCGAGUUUGGUGACAAGCCUGAUCAUGUCAAUAACUACUUUGAAUUGGACGGUUAUAUACCUAAAGCAAGUUUUUUAGAUAAUUUGUUCUAGGCUUCUAUCAGAAAUUGAAAAUACUGUAGAAAGAUUUUGCGUAUUUUGCUUUUAAAUUAUAUGUUGAACAUAGCCCAUUAAAAAAAUAAAAGUUUUGGGUACUUUUUCACUUUUUCCAGUAAUAUCUUAGGUAAAGCUUUUAAAUUACUAAUCAUGUUUCAUUUUCAGAGUAUGCUCGCACGAAUGAAGCCAGAAGACACCCACAACCUAAAAGACGCGAUUCUCCGCCUCCACGCUACAAAGAAAAGUCUACGGUCGAAGGAAUCAGAAGCCGAAUUCAUAGAGCUUUGCCAAUCUUUACCGACAUACGGUGCUCAUUUCUAUCUGGUACACAAGUUUAAGCCUUCAAACAAGAACCCAGUAGAUGCUCGGUUUCGUGCCCACCAAUGGGUCGUUAUAAUGCCUCAGGGCAUUGGAAUCGCAAAAGAAACACAAAUCGGAACGAAACAGAUCAAUUCAGUUCACGAAUGGCACAUGAUACGAACCCUACAGUACGAUGGCAAAAGGUUCUUGCUGGCCACGAUGGAGAACAAUAUCGCCGUGGAUCAUGUGUUUUAUCUGGAGCAUUUUACAAAGUAAGUGGUAGGAUGGUGAAUUAAUAUUAGGUUGCCUUUUCUCAAAGCAAAUUUUUGGGCUUAUGGGCACAGAAUUAUUUGAACGAUCUAAUACUAUUAUUAUGUUUAUCUUUCUAGAAAAUAAAAAAAAAACGAACUUUUCAGAAGCCGUUACCUAGUCAAAUUCGCAGCAGAACAACACAAAUUCAUGUUGAGAAUGCGGCAAUGGCAGUCAACAUUACUCCGCAACAAAGUAACCGGCAAUCAAGACGUUAUGGUAGAGAGAGGAGUAGACGAAGUAGAUCAUAGAGAAGAAGCAGAACAUGAACAGACUGAGUGGAACGACAUGACCUUGUGGACUGACCAAUUUAUCGAACAAACUUAUGGAUCAGAUGCUCAAAAGCUGGAGAUUAUUCUGGAGAAAGAUCCUGUGAAUGGACUGGGGUUAACUUUGGUCGAUGGAAGUGUCAAUGGAGUCAAAGGUGUAUAUGUGAAGAGUGUGGCGGAGAAUGGAGAUGGCAAGAGGAAGGUAAGAGCGAUUAUUACAACUAUCUGAAUUGUCAGACUUUUAAUUAUUCUUUAAAGAAAGUUAUAGCAAAAACUACAAUUACGUUAUAUAUUAACAUUACCAUUCUAGGGCCUUCACAUGGGCGAUUGUAUCCUCAGCAUAAACAACGUGUCCCUUUGGAAUCGCACUCGUCACGAUGCUGUAACUCUAGUAAAACAAUGUGAAAGCCAUGUCAGAAUCCAGUUCCUCCGCUUCCACUCGAUAACAGCUGUCUUGUUAUCAGAAGGUCCAGAGAAAUUCAAAGAAUCCAAACCAGAAGAAGCCACGCGAAAGUCUCCAGAAUCACCGAAGAAGAGUGUGGACAGUAUGACGUUGGGGAGGAUGGCAAGAACACCCCCGCUCGAGAAGAAAGAAGUUCUGAAUCGACGACAACGAGCGGUCUCUGACUUUGGAGUCGUCUCAGACACGUUACCUACCUUGAAUUCAGAGGACUUACUCAAGAGCAUGGAGCAGUUGUCACGGUAGGUUGAUAGAUCAGGUUUUGAAGGAGAGUUUGGUAGUUGUUGAUGGAGAAUCAACUUUUUUUGGUAAAAACUUAUUAUUUUUGGAAAAAUAGUGCAAAGCUGCUGGCGCAGGUCAAAACACGGGUUUGCAGACUGCAAUAAAAGUUUUUAUCUGAUGGUGAUAUUGUAAAUACAACUGAAAUACCUAGGUUUUAGGCUUAAUUUUUAUUGUUUUAGGUCCAGAAAGCGAAUUGAAUCUUCAUCAGAAUCCGAAGAAGAAGAAACCUCCUUCAUGAAUAAAGGUGUAUAUAACCCUCCUGUCAGUGAUAUGUACGCGUUUCAUCGAAACUCGGAUGAUGAAGAUGUUAACAGAGAUAUUGAGCCAACAACAUCUAAGCAGAAGUCUUCGUACGACUACAGUAAUGCUUCGUAUGUCGACGAACGAAAAGAGUCCAGACCAAAGUUACCGUAAGAUUUUGAAAUUACUGUAAUUUUAUGUCACUGUAAUUUUUUUAUAUAGGUGGAAUGGCUAUUUUAAAGAUCAUACUGUACUUUUAAAAAGAUGUGUUUGCUACAGUAUGAUUGUAAAGAACUGUAUUACAGUAAGCAAAAGACCCUGGACUGGACCAACGAAGUGCAAGCACAUGAAAGUGAAGAUGAAGAAGACGACCAGAAGUAUAUUACAGUAGAGCUGGUGAGAGCUCCAGCACGAUCGUUGGGCUUCAGAAUCGCCUCUUCUAAUGGCGUCGUCAGAAUCAAACAAAUCACUUCGGAGCCGGCUUCACAAGCUGAUCUGAAGGAGAACGACAGACUGAUUUCGAUCAACGGAAAGGAAUUGUCAGGGCUGGCACAUCAAGAUGUGGUCAAUCUCUUGAGGAACGGUGGCACCGUGAUCACGCUGAAGAUAGGGAGAAGUGAAGAGGAGGAGGGAGAGAGGAUUACUGUAACAUUCCAGAAGGCUAAACGGGAGGAUUUAGGUAAUGUUUUAAUUUUAACAGGUUACAGUAGGCUCUGUAUAAAGAAUUUGAUUAUAAUAAGGAUGCUUAUAACGAGCUUUUACUGUACACUUGGUGCUUUAUACCAUAUACCGUACUAUAAAGUAUAAACCACCACAGCUUAUGUAAGAUAAUACUUAUGGUACUGCUUUAGGUAUCUCCUGGGCCAAGCGAGCCGGAGCCGACGGUACCUACAUCAGAAGCAUAACUUUUGGAUCUUUGGCGGAAUCUGAAGGCACUCUUCGUAUGGGCGACAUUGUGAUGACUGUCAACAACCUCGAUGUGACUUCACAGCUUCCAAAAGAACUGAUUGAACAUAUCAAAGACAUUGAGGGAGAGGUCAGGAUUACUGUACGGAGAAGCUUACAAUAA